GAUCUUUGCUCUUUUUCAUUUACUUUCAUAUUUACGAAAUUUUUGACAUUUCGUAAGUCAUUGUUAAAAUAGUAAUAUCCUUAAAAGAUAAUUUUGCCUUGAAGGAUUAAAUGAAUGAUAAACGAUUUUACAUGUGGGACAGAUUGUGAUGUAGGCGUAAGUCAUAAAUUAUCAUAUGUAAUGUGACUGCAAUAAACCCGAUAUAUUCUAAAAAAAUAACAAUGGCCACACGAGGAGAAAGAGGUGUUAGCAGAGUAUUAGAAAAGUUAGAAGCAUCAGUAAACGCAGGUCAAUAUUAUGAAGCACAUCAAAUGUACAGAACAUUGUAUUUCAGAUAUUUAAGUCAGAAGAAAUAUAAAGAUCUAUUUAAAUUGUUAUACGAAGGUUCUAUGUUACUUCUGAAGCGUGAUCAACUGGGUAGUGGUGCCGAUUUAGCAAUUCUACUAAUAGAUGUUCUAACUAAGUCUGAAACAAAACCUAGUGAAGAAUGGAUUGAAAAAAUAGCAAACCUAUUUGAAUUAAUGCAUUCAGGUAUCCCAGAAAGAGAUACAUUCUUAACAAAUGCUGUGAAAUGGUCUAUGGAUAGUACUAAAAAAGGACAUCCACUACUACACCAGAAAAUUGCAGAAAUUUACUGGAAAGAGAAAAGAUAUCCUGUAGCACAUAAGCAUUUCUUACAUUCAAAUAAUGGGACAGUGUAUGCUAAUAUGCUGAUAGAAUUACAAUCGACGAGGGGACUUAAAGCAGAGAUUGAUCUGUUUAUAGCACAGGCAGUAUUACAAAUUCUUUGCUUGAAAAACAUCCAAAUGGCAAGAGAAACCUUCAAAAACUAUACUAGUUCACAUCCUAGUAUAAAAAAUGAUACAGGCCCACCAUACAAAUAUCCUUUACUUAACUUUUUAUGGUUUUUACUACAAUCAAUUGAACAAAAAAACACUGUUCAAUUUGAAAUCUUAAGAAAAUGCUAUGACAUAAGCUUAAGCAGAGAUUCAAAUUAUUCUGAUUACUUGGACAACAUUGGCCGGGUGUGGUUCGGUAUAGACAAUCGGAAGAACAAUAAGAAUGAAAACUCAAUGUUUGGUGGAUUGCUAAAGACAAUCAUAGGAGAUCUAGACAGUUCUGACGAUGAAACUGACAACCAAAAUUCUAGGCCAACGGCUCCGGAAUUGGAUUAAGUGUGUUCUAGAUAAAUUAAAAAUUAAGUCAAGAUAAAGUUUUAGCUUUCGGUGUUGUUCAUUAAAUUAGAUUUCAUGAAAAAAGUUUCUAUCAAUUACAUGACUACAUUUUUAAGAUACUUCAUCAGACCUUUUAGGUCUUAAUUACAUGUGUAACUGUCAAAUUAUAAUCUCUUCAGUCAAAGUUAAAUUAAGCAUCAUUUUAAUCGUAAAAUAUAUUUGCGAUAAAAAAAAUCUCUGCUCUGUCUGAGCAAGCAUACACGAAGUUAGUGGCACUGAAUGUAUUAAAACACGAAAUAGCUUAAAUGUUCAUUAUCUUUAUAUUAUGUUUACACAAUUACAGCUUUAGAAAUAAACGCGGUAUAAAGUUAAACUUAGGAAUAAA